AAUGGCGGCGCCCGUGCCGGCGGAUUCGUUACGCGACGUAGAGAGCAGAGAGCAGAGAUUCGAUAUCAGAAUUGAAAAGAGAACCAUGCCGUGUCGUGCGACGAGUGUUCUUGAAAUAAAAUAAAAGUAGAAAGAGAGAGAAGAACGUCAGAUUGUAUUGCGCUUUGACUCACUUCAAUCAAAUUGCGCUUCUGUGAAGAGAGUGAUUAAACAGAAAUUCACGAUUUGAGCUCAAGGCAAUAUUCGAGGAGUCUUAUCGCGACGAGCAUGCCUUUGUGAUUACAUCACAUGCCUGGAGCUUUGACAAUUUACGUUUCGCUUCAGACAGCAUCGUCAAGAUCUUCGUUUCCUUGUUGAAUACGAUCCAGGACGAAUCCGAUUACGACCGGUGCCAUGAAUGGAGGAAAGAUGAUAAGGUUAUCUAAGCGUAGGUUCCUCUAUGUGUGUAAUUAUUUAUCGCAGUAACGACAUUCUUGGCAAUCUCGUAACGAGAUACGUACAGACAAAUAAGAGCGAGUCGGAAGACGGCAGACUACCUUGGUCUCAUUUCUUUUCACCAUGACGGAACACGAGCAGAAUGCAAUGUUUGUGCGGGUUACAUCGGCGUUUUUUUACGGGCUAUCAUCGUUCAUGAUAACAGUUAUCAAUAAAACCGUGCUCACGUCAUAUGGUUUCCCAUCAUUCCAAGUAUUGGGAAUUGGCCAGAUGAUUGCAACGAUACUGGUGCUUUUCAUUGCCAAAAGGUUGCGUUAUGUUGAGUAUCCUAAUCUGGAAGUGACGACCUUCACCAAGAUAUGGCCAUUGCCAUUGAUUUACAUCGGCAACAUGAUAUUUGGAUUGGGUGGUACUAAACAGCUGAGCUUACCAAUGUUCACUGCCCUGAGACGAUUCAGUAUCCUUAUGACGAUGAUUGCUGAAUACUAUAUCCUUGGCAUCAAGGCACGCAUGUCUAUACAAUUAAGUGUUUAUACUAUGAUCCUGGGUGCAGUGGUGGCCGCGCUGAAUGAUCUCGCCUUCAAUCUCGAAGGCUACAUCUUUAUUUUGUUAAACGAUUUUUUCACCGCCGCCAAUGGCGUAUAUAUGAAGAAAAAAUUAGAUUCUAAGGAAUUAGGAAAGUACGGACUGAUGUAUUAUAAUUCUUUGUUUAUGCUCAGUCCAACCGUCUUAUUAGCUUGGUGGAUGGGCGACAUAGUCUUAGCAGUAGAAUUUCCCAACUGGAUGGAUCCGCUAUUCAUUUUACAAUUUAUAUUGUCAUGCAUAAUGGGCUUUAUAUUAUUGUACAGCAUGCUCCUCUGUACACUGUAUAACUCUGCACUGACGACUACCAUAAUCGGAUGCCUAAAAAAUAUAUGCGUGACAUAUCUCGGCAUGGUGAUCGGCGGAGACUAUAUAUUUUCAUGGUUGAAUUUUGUAGGAUUGAAUUUAAGCGUGAUAGGUAGUUUAGUAUAUACUUGGGUAACGUUCCGUAAAAGAGAGACUCUGCAGCCAAAGUACACUUUGUUGACUGAAUCUCAGGCCAGUAAGAUACAAGCUUGCUUUUUAACUUGUCAAGUUAGGAAGCGACGAUAUUUUGCGACUGCCUCCGAGGCAUUCCUGAGGGAUUAUGCCAAGCACCAUGUAUCCCUAUCCCCCCUGCAACGUGUGCUUCUUACGAUGGGCUCGGCGGCUAUAUCGUUGGCAAAUCCGUUUCGAGGUGACAUGAUAGCAUGUCUCGGGGAAACCACCGGUACAAAUGCCCUUAUGCAUUGUCAUCGAAAGAUGAAGGAAACAAACGAGGGUCAACGUAUACUUGCGCAAAAGCCACGUGUAAACACAUCCACCAUUGAUCUUUCUUAUCUCAAAGAUCUACCACCGGGAACUGUGGGCAGAACGUAUUGCGAUUUUUUGGAUGACAAUAAUGUAUCACCUGAUGAUAGACUUGCGGUGCAAUUCGUUGACGAUACUGAGCUGGCCUAUGUAAUGCAACGAUAUCGAGAGGUGCAUGAUAUUUUUCACGCUAUGGUUCUAAUGCCAACGACAAUGCUAGGAGAGGUAUCAGUUAAAUGGAUAGAGGCUUUGCAAACGCGUUUGCCAAUGUGUAUAACUGGUGCGAUAUUUGGAGCUAAUCGACUGCGUCCUAGACAAAGGCGACUGUAUUUAGAUCAUUAUCUCCUCUGGUCCAUAAAUACUGGGUUGAAUGCCAAAUUCUUGCUAGGAGUAUAUUUUGAAGAGCGUUGGGAACAACCUCUCGAGGAUUUUCACAAAGAAAUGAAUAUCAUACGUCUUGUAUAAAACCAUGCAGCCAUAAAUCUCAACGCGCAUACACACGGUGCGAGGAUGCUGACUAUAAGGAACAAAUCUCACUCGACUCGCGAUGAAUGGUAAAUCUAACUUUUGUUUCUCAACUAGAUAUGUAUUGCUAUUACCACGCAGGACCUGUGAUACGAAAAUAAUACAAUUCAGUUUCUUAUC